AUGAGUUCAGAGCAAAUGGGGAUAAUGAACGGCAGCAUGCCACCACACCUGGGCCGCAACAUCUGGGCCACAUCAAAACUUCAGGAGGAUUUUCGUCUCCGGAAAAGGGCUAUUAGGGAAUUCACGCAGGCUCUACUUAUUAUUGAAAAUUAUUUACGUCAAUACAUUGAUGCCGUUAAUCCCUCAGUCGUUGCAUCUUUGACAGAAACAGAAGUACACCCCCAACACUCGGUCUGUUAG